AGUCAGUUAGUAGAUUUGUUAAUAGAAGAUUUUUGAAAUCAAUAAAUCAACUUCGGCUUUUAAAUUUAUUGUGUUUUGAUAUUUCCAUAAUUAUCAACAACGAAAUUGAUGACAAUGAGAAAUAUACCGAUAUAACUAAUAACACACUUGUGCAAAUUAAUAAAAUACCCUCUUAUUCGAAAAUAUUAAUCCACAACCAAUUUCAAUUCAACAACAAUGAAGAACAAAUCCUGGGCAAUCACAAAUUUUUGAUUGAAUGUGGAAAAAAUAACAUCGUUCUGAUUGAUGAUAGUACUAAAAACAACAUUCAAGUUAACGAAUUAAAUGAUUCAAGAAAUGAAAAAGAAGGUAUAAAUCAAGAACUAAUCAAAAUAGAGAUUACAAAUCCGAGAGACCAAAUACUGCCCGAUUAUAAUAAAGAAGUUCAUACCUCUGUGAAUUUUGUCUCUGAUGAAUCAGAAUCAAAUCAGGUUGACCAAGAUAACGAAAUAAGUCAUAAAAUAAAAUAUUUAAAAGACAGUGUAAAGUGCUUUAAGUCUAAGGUCCAGGAACUGAAGCCAGGAAGAGAGAAAUUAGAACAUAACUAUCGAAAAAUGAAAGAACUAGAAGAUUUAGUAAAUGGUUGUACAAAUGUCAGAACAAUACGAAAAUCAGAAUUAGAUGUCGAGUUGAAUAAUAGCAUAAAUAUUGUUAUAUGUAAAAAAUAUUCAUCAGUUUCAAACUAUGAAGAAGAAAAUGCAGAGGUUAUAUCUAUUGAAUAUGUAGAAAGUCUUUAUUUAGCGAAGGAGUUUGGGAGUUUAGAAACAAAAGCCCGAAUAUUUACGGCUCAAUACUGGUUUGAUGAGGAAGCUCCGGUUGAUUUUCCAAUAACUCAUGAGAAAUUCUUUGGUACUCGAUGA